UUCAACCAGUGUCUAGUGGUAGUUGUAGUGCAGUUUGGUUGAAGAAAAUGGAAAUUAUUCACGUUUCCAACCCCGAAAAUCGAUUUCUCAAGCCAAAAAAGCCCCUCCAAGUCAACAAUAGUGAAGUAAAUGCGAUCAAAAAAUGCCUUUUUGGAGUCCCGGAUGCCCAAGAUGUUGAAGAUUUGCUUCAAGAGCAGAUUAGGGAGGAUUGGGAGAGGAUCAAGGAUCGGUUUGGGAUUGAUAUGGAGGAUAUCGAGAAUAUGGAAAGUGCCAGACGGGAGGCUUACACUCCCAAGAAGAGGAAAUUGGAGACGUGUAGGAGAAACGCACGAAGGAGAAGGCUUUUCCAGCCUUACAAUGACAAAAAAAUCACGGAUUUCUUCCAAGUGAGAAAGGCCACAGUGCCGCCGCAUGAAAAGAAGGACUGAAGUUGAGACUGAAUUGGAGUUUAUUUAUGAAGACUUAUUUACGCUGUGUAUAUAGAAAAGUGUGAUUUUUUUAUUUACUUAUUUACCAUGCAGCAUUUAACCCAAAGGUCUGUAGGUAGAUGAUUCUGUAGAGAAAACUAAUGCCGAUUUUAGUCUAGUCCUGCAAAAUUGGGUCGACUUGUAAAGUUUCUUAUCUUAUGUAAUCAUUAUGUAUAUAGAAAUAAAAUUAUUUAUUAUGCA